AGGGAGGGAAGUUUGUAUGGUUCGAUUAGGGAAGUCGAACUAGUGAUGAUCUUGUUGGUUUUUAUCGUUAGGCUGUUAGUAGGAUCACUAUUUUCCGAGUCACUGAUCCGGCUGAAAUUAAGUCCUGGGUAAAACUAUUAAAAUAAAACAAAAAAAACGAGGCUAUGGUGAUGGCCUCAACACUCCUCCUGUAUGGGUCACGGUAAUGGGCUGUGAGAUUAGCGAUGACCAAGCAGUGUGUGUCUGUGGAGAUGGGCUGAUCAAAGAUAACCCGAAUUAACGCAGCAGUACUUUAAAAGAUUUUAUUAACUAGAAGAUAUAAGCCUGCAGUCAUGAAAGCUUCAAAAGGAGUCCUGCAGUCGGGCCCUCCCUCAUCUCCUAGGUCGGGCGGCGAUUUGGGGCCUUUUAGCUUCAAUUCUAUCCUACGAAGCCUCAGCUAAAGGUACUUGUGUGCAUGAUAGGGGUUUCCCCCUUUUUUCUGGCAACCAAACGGGUUUAAAGAUGUUAAAACACCAAACUGAAUGGUUCUGGCAAAGGAGGCCCCAUGAUGUGUAUUAUAUGCAAUAGUAAAAUCUAAACUACCCUCGGGAAUUAAUAUACAAUAACGUUAAGAAUUGUAUAGUAAAACCAUUGCGAAUGCUACACCAUGUUAGAGAACAGUCCCCCUGUGCUAUACAUUAUUAUAGGGCAAGAAGUGUUAAGUUAACAUAAUAUUUUUAGCAAAAUGUACACAAAUAAAUUUGCAUACGUUUUUACAUUACUUUUCUUCCUUUUGAAGAAAUAAACACGGGGACUUUCUCCUGCAAUGUCGCACGGUAGAAACGUCAACUAAUCCUUAUGACGGUACCCUGGGGUACCAAAUAAUACGCCGAGGCAAUUAAAUAUUUUAUAUCUGGGACACUAUUUUUGUCCAGGGGUGUAUUUCACUCCGCGACUGAGGUACAAAUUAAUCCGAAAUCGGUGCCACGCUCCACGAUGUCGACACGCAGUGAGGUCGAUUGCGCUGAAACCCUGAACGCUCCCGUACGCACCGUAGUGGUGCAUCGUAGUGUCCAGCCCGUCGAGAUGAGUCGAUUGCUGCAUCGCCGACCAUCGACAGACUAAGAAUGACUGCAUCACGGACAUUAUGCGAGAGCCGGGGUCACUAUGGAACCCCGGGGUACCGCCAUGAGGUCCAACUGUUCAAACGUGUUCAUAAGUCGCGUUGGGAAAUGGGUCGCUAAUGAAGUUUUUGAGUCGUAAAUCGAGUCGUAAGUGGCCUUACAUAAACGUAAAUCGAGGCACGAUUGCCCUUAGACGUCGUAAAUCGAGCCACGAUCAGCCUUACGCGGCUGUCGUAACUCGAGCCGCGGACGGCCGUAUAUGGACGUCGUAAAUCGAACCGCAGGUGGCUUUACACAGACGUCGUAAAUCGAGCCGCGGUUGGCCUUAUAUAGACGUCGUAAAUGCGUGUCGCAAAUUGGACUUCUAAACCGAAUGCAACAUUUCCAAAACUUUAGUUCAAUAUACAUUUUAACUGACCUUUAAAAAUUACGAAAAAAUCCAGGCCUAAUUGAAAUAUUUACGCUUCGCAAAUGUUACGCGCUCAAAAAAAAUCCAGCCACACAUGGGUGUGAGUCCGUAAAAAGUCAGUCCUUCUAGAAGAGGGGUAGUGUAACCAUACUUCACCACGCUGGACAGGGCGGGGUGCACAGACGGAGCGCAUAGAAGUAUUGUACAACGAUGGAUUGUGCUCUGCUGCCCUCUGCUGCAGUAUUGUAUGUCAAUUUAAAUAGACAUACAAUACUGCAUCUCUGUUAUAUCACGGCAUCGCUGUGAAUAGAGCGACCUCCAGUGGCUGGAGGGGGCUCAAUGAACCCAUCAUCAUCAUCAUUAGCCACGGUCAAUCCACUGCUGGAUGAAGCCCCCCCCCAAGUGAGUGGACACACAUUGCCACUCUUGACCGCUCCAAUUCUCUCCGAAGCGAUCGGGGCCUCUUGAGAAGAGACUAAAAUUGGCAGAUUCGUGCCGACUGAUGGAACGCGUACAAUCAUCACUUAUUUUUCACGUCGACGGAUAUUUAUUUUGUCACUGCAGGGAUGGAGUUUUUUUUUUAGCAGUAGCUUUGUGUGUUUUGUUUAUAUACAUCAACACUCUUGCGCCGGCUUCGACAUUCAGUUUUCUCAUCAGCAGAGCGAGGUUUGUUUCACCAUCGGGCUAAAUGAAUGAGAACUCAGCCCCCACUUAUUGACUUCCCCACACCCACCCCUUUAAUGACAUGGACAGGCCCACCGCGCGAUGUAUUCAAUACGCGACGACUGUACCAAGUGCGCAGAACAGGGGUGCGUGGAGGUGACGUUAUGGCUUGAUCCGGAACAGGAAGGAGUCAAGCCCCUCGUGAUUAAAGAACAACCUCGGACUCUUUACUUUAUCCCAGUUGGUAAGGCCCACUGGGCAGAGCAGCUCUUUUAAAAUGACGACCGCAGCCCAAGACCGUCUAAAGGGAGGGAAUGUGCAAACUUACUAGAGCAAAAACAAAUCUUAUUUACACGAAACUUGCGCUCCGUUGAAGACGGCCAAUGGCGAAAACAUGUUGAAAGUCCGAGAGACUAACACGAAUACCAAUACAACUGAACAAAGCAAUCCCAAAACCGGCCAACAUGGCAUCUUCAGCAGCAACGGCAACAACAUCGACCGAAGCGUCAAUCACGGUGGCCUCCAAGGUGCCCUUUGCCGAACUGUGCAAGACCCUGGAGAAGAUAAGGUCCAGCAAGGCGCGGCCGGAGAAGGAGCGUCACUUCAAGGAGUUCCUCGGCGCCUGGAGGAAGUUCCACAACGCCCUGCACCACGGCGGUGAUGCCGGCACCACGACCACGACCACCGACUCCUUCUACCCGGCCAUGCGGCUCGUCCUGCCCCAGCUGGAGCGCGAGCGCGUGGCGUACGGCGUGAAGGAGAGCGCGCUCGCCAAGCUCUAUAUCGAGGUUUUGGGACUCCCGCGAGAUGGGAAGGACGCCGCUCGGCUGCUCAACUACCGGGCGCCGGUGGGGGGCGCCCAGCGGGGCGACGCGGGGGACUUCGCAUCGGUCGCCUACUUCGUGCUGCGCCCCCGCUGCUCGGCGGGCGGCACGCUCACCGUGGAGGAGGUGAACCGCCAGCUGGACGCCCUGGCCUCGGGCAACGCGUCCAAGAGCAAGGAGCGGGUGAAGACGAGCCUGCUGACGCUGCUGGGCAGCACGUCGGCGCUGGAGCAGAAGUGGCUCAUCCGCAUGGUGCUCAAGGAGAUGAAGAUGGGCCUGAGCCAGCAGAGUAUCCUGGACCUGUUCCACGCGGACGCCGCCGACCUCUACGGGGUCACGGUGGACCUGCACAAGGUGUGCCGGCAGCUGCACGACCCGGCGGCGAGCUGCGACGACGUGCAAUCGGUGCGCCUCUUCUCGGCGUUCAAACCCAUGCUGGGCGCCGUGGGCAAGAUGGACCGGGUGGAGCGGCUCAUGAGCCACCAGCCCUUCUAUGUGGAGACCAAGCUGGACGGAGAGCGCAUGCAGCUGCAUCGCGACGGCGACGUUUACAGGUACUUCUCCCGCAACGGCUUCGAGUACACGGCGCAGUUCGGCGGCGCACCGACCGAGGGCUCGCUCACGCGCUUCGUGCACGCCGCCUUCGCCCCGCACGUCUCCAGCGUGAUCCUCGACGGCGAGAUGAUGGGCUACAACGCGCGCUCCUCCACCUUCGUGACCAAGGGCGGCCGCUUCGACGUGAAGCACCUCGGGGCCGACGCCGACUCGCCGCUGCAGGCGUGCUUCUGCGUCUUCGACGUGCUGCUCCUCAACGGGCAGCGGCUGACAGGCGAGCCCCUGCGGCGACGCGACGAGCUCCUGCGCGAGACCUUCGCGCCCGUCGAGGGGCGCCUGCGGGCGGUGGAGAAGCGCGAGAUCCGCACGCGCGGCGACGUCGCCGACGCCCUCAACGACGCCAUUGACAGCCGCGAGGAGGGCAUCAUGAUCAAGGACCCGGCGUCCGUCUACAAGCCGGACAAGCGCGGCUACGGCUGGUACAAGAUCAAGCCCGAGUACAUGGGCGACCUGAUGGACGAGCUGGACCUGCUGAUCGUCGGCGGCUACUGGGGCAAGGGCAGGCGCGGCGGCAUGAUGUCGCACUUCCUGUGUGCCGUGGCGGAGGUGGCGGAGGACGGGGAGCGGCCGGCGGUGUUCCACACGCUGUGCCGCGUCGGCUCGGGCUACACCAUGCAGGAGCUCUACGACCUGGGCCUGAAGCUGGCACCACACUGGCGCCCGUACCGGCGCAAGGACCCACCCGGCUGCAUCCUGUGCGCCACAGAGAAGCCGGAGGUGUACCUGGAGCCGUGCAACGCGGUCGUCGUGCAGGUGCGGGCGGCGGAGAUCGUGGCGAGCGACCAGUACCGCACCGGCUGCACUCUGCGCUUCCCGCGCAUUGAGCGCAUCCGGGACGACAAGGCGUGGCACGAGUGCCUCACGCUGGCGGGCCUGCGGGCCCUGCGGGCCGCCGGGCGGCUCACCAAGCGCCACGUGGACGCCGCCGCCACUGCCGACGGGGACGGAGACAGCGACAAGAAGCGGCGGCGUCGCGCUGCGGCCACCGCUGCCGGCCCGGGGUCUCGCCGCACCAUCGCUGUGCAGGAGCGGUUCAGAGCGCAGGACCUCUCUGGGGUGGAGCGCAAGAGCGAGCUCUUCCAAGACGUGGAGGUGUGUGUGAUGGGCGGCACGGCGGAACACCCGAAGGCUCAGCUGGAGCGGCGCGUGGCGGAGUGCGGUGGCUUCAUCGUACAGAAUCCGGGCUUGGAUACCUACUGUGUCCUUGUGGACGUCCUGACCGCCCGCGUGCGCAACGUCAUCGGGGCCAGCAAGCACGACGUCAUCAGAGCGGGCUGGCUUGUGGAGUGCCUGGAGAGGGGCUCGCUUGUGCCGUGGCAGCCGCGCCACGUGGUGCACCUGACGGAGGAGACAAAGCAGGAGUACACCAAGGAGUUUGACGAGCACGGCGACAGCUACUUCUCCCCGACGGACGAUGCGCAGCUGCGCGAGGUGUUCGGCCGCAUGGCGGAGCGCGGGAAGGGGAAACCGGUGCCCGCAUGCACCAUCGCCGACAUUGAGGAGAGGUACGGCUGGGCCGGGCAUCCAGCGGUGCUGUUCCGCCGCUGCGUCUUUUACCUGGACAUGUACACGGAGGUGGGCGACCCCUCGACAGCCCUCGCCAACUGCAGCCUGGAGCUGCUGGGGCUGCGGCUGCGGGCGCGGGGAGCCGUGCUCACCUCCUCGCCCACUGCCGGCGUCGCCGUGUCACACGUGCUGUCGCUGGCGGACGACGCCGGGCGCCUCGGGCGUAUCAAGGCGGCGCGCCGCAGGCUCGCGGGCAAGUUGUUCCGCGUUGUGCACGCGGAUUGGGCGACGGAAUCGCUGCGAGCGGGGCGGCUCGUGGACGAGCAGGAGUAUCUGCUGUGAGGGCGUGGCAGCGUCACGAGAUCUGGCGGCGUGGACAGCUUGGGAUCGCUUUUGAGGCUAGGUCGUUAUUUUACAACAACGGUGGUGAACCACGUGGCCCCGUGGGUCGUACGCUGCCGGCGACUUCAUUUAAUGCGGCCCGCAGCCACGCGCGCCCUGUAACGGUAUCUUAGCGGCACUAAUCGGGUACUGCAGGGGAAUAUUUUCGACCCGCCAACUCUUUGCGUUUUCAAUUUUAGCGUGCUCGGUCACUUUUGUCGCUGCAAGGGCAUCUCGCAGUGACUGACAGAUGUAGCUGAAGUGUGUGUGUUCGUGUGUGUGUUCGUGUGUGGUCCCACUCAAGAUAUUUGAAAAUCCUAUUAGGUGUCCCCUAUUUGACGAGGAAAUAGCUCAUUGGGAUAGACAAAUUAAUAUCAUAUGUGGGAAUUUAUAGUCGCAGCCAUAUAAUUUUUACUCACGUUUCUAAAUGUGGAGGGCAAAACUGGAGGACUCGGAGAAAAAUCCACGUGGCCACGGGGAGAGCCACGUGGAGAACAUGCACAGUCCAAAUAUACAGGUGUCGGGUCGGGAUUAGGGUCAUAGGUCGGAGCAUAUGACCUACCGUGGCGCAAAACUAUUUGAGCUAGAUGAAAAUAUGAGCUCAAAGAGCUAAAUUGUGAACUACAAGAGGAACAUCAAUAAGCACGUGUGUAAAAUGUCAAACAUGAAAGAGUACAUACCCGAAAUAUUUUAAACAUGGCAGUUUUAAAUAUGAAAAGUUACGUAUUUCAUCUUGAUAUAUGAGAGGUGCAGAAUAAUAAUUACAUUUAAAUGAAAAAUAUGCUGCAUCUGCCAGCGGCUGGUAAUAUAUGUUAGAUUAUUCAUGCUGGUGAUUGCCAAUCAGUGAUUCACAUCAGUGAUUUGAAGAAUCAACAAAAGAUACGGGCACUGCCUCGUUACGUAUGCACAGUUAUAAGUGACAGCAUGGAGGCACUCCUCCAGCUAAUGCAGUGCCCUCAAAAAUCACACGUGAGCAGUGUCUUCGAUAUACCCACGUGUUAAUGCGAUUGUGUGAUAAUGACAAAGUAUUUUUCAUCGCCUGCAAGUGUGUUUCUUGAACGUAAUUUAAAACACGGUUUGUAAGCGUCGUGACAAGCUUUCAUAUUAUUCGACGUUUUGCCGUGGCGCGAGAUGUACAAGUAAAUUAUUGUUCUUUAUCGAAUCGUUACGUUUGCUCUGCCGCCUACUCCGCUUGACUCGUGUUUGAUUGGUCACGUUGUUCGUUCGCAGUGAAUGAACGGAAGGGGGUUUGCGUGUUUUUAAAAAUAAAAAUGCUGUGUGGUUA